AAUCGCAACAUGAACUUCUGGAAUCUGGCAAUCAGAAUUAUUUUCUUAUCACAAACUGCUACUGGAAUUCUGGGAAACUUUCUCCUUAUAUUCUACUAUCUAGUCCUUGACUACAGAGAACACUCAUUAAAGCCCACAGAUUUGAUUCUGAUGAACCUAAUGGCAGCCAAUGUGGUGGUAAUUCUCUCUGUAGGUGUGCCUCAAACAAUGGCAAUUUGGGGAUUGAAGGAGUUCUUGAAUCAUUUAGAAUGUGAGCUCCUAUUAUUCCUUCAAGGAUCUGGUCGAAGUAUGUCCAUUUCCACCAUCUGCCUCUUGAGUGUCUUCCAAAUCCUAACCAUCAGUCCCAAGAAAUUUUGUUGGAAGCAUAAAUUCAAAGCUGCCAAGUACAUUGGCUGUUGCACUUCCUUCCUCUGGGUCUUGCAUGUGUUAAUUAAUUUCAUUAUUUUUCUGUACAUAUAUAUUAAAAAGAAUAACACAAAUGUGACAAGAACACGAGAUUUUGGGUACUGUUCCAUUAUAGGGACUGAUGACAUCAGUGACUCACUCUAUGCAGCUUUGGUGGUGUGUCCUGAAGUCUUCUUUUCUGUGCUCACUGCCUUGGCAAGUAUCUUCAUGAUUGUCAUUCUGUACAGACACAAGACGAAGGUUCAAUACAUCCAUAGCACUCAUGGUUCCGGCCACACUUCCCCAGAGUCCAGAGCCAUUCAGAACAUCCUCAUAGUGGUGUCUACUUUUCUGGCCUUUAGUACUCUCACCUCCAUCUUAAGAGGGUGCAUAGCUCUUUUUUAUAGUCACAGUUGGUUGCUGAUGAACAUCAAUCACUUCACUUCUCUGUGUUUCCCUACUUUUGCACCCUUUGUUCUUAUGAGUCAUUAUUCCAUUGUAUUUAGACUCAGUUUAGUCCAGUUAAGAAAAAAGACUGUCUCAUAA